CAGUCGCAGGUGCCGAAAAGCAGCGAUUUGUACGAGGCCCAUAGGCGGAGCUCCCAAACGAGAAGCCUUUAUUAAAGAAGCGCCUAACCGAAGCCUCUCAUUUCACUUCCACUCUUCGCGUCGAGAUCUCGAGAGUGUGAAAUGGCAGCAACAUCAGCAACUACCUUUUCAAUUGGAACAAAUGUUUCCCUUGGCUGUAAAGUGCGCUCACUUCCUCAAUCAAAGCCUUUUGGUGUGAGGUUUAACUCCCAGAACCCGCUAAAGAGUUUCAGUGGCCUCAAGGCUGCAAUAUCUGUGAGUUGUGAAUCAGAGUCAUCCUUCUUAAGCAAGGAGACUAGUGCAGCUCUUCGGGCAUCUUUUGCCACAAAAGCUCAAAAGGAAAAUCAGAGUUAUCAGUAUCACCUGCAGCCCCAGGCAACUUUCAAAGUGGCAGUUCUUGGAGCUGCUGGAGGGAUAGGUCAACCACUGGCACUUCUUAUCAAGAUGUCCCCAUUAGUUUCUUCCUUGCAUCUCUAUGAUAUAGCAAAUGUAAAGGGAGUUGCUGCUGAUCUCAGUCACUGCAACACUCCUUCCCAAGUUCUGGAUUUCACUGGACCUUCUGAGUUAGCCAAUUGUUUGAAGGGUGUGAAUGUUGUUGUUAUACCUGCUGGAGUUCCAAGAAAGCCCGGUAUGACUCGUGAUGACCUCUUCAACAUCAAUGCUGGCAUAGUUAAGAACUUGAUUGAGGCUGUUGCUGAUAACUGCCCUGAUGCCUUCAUCCACAUUAUCAGCAAUCCAGUUAACUCAACAGUGCCAAUUGCAGCAGAAAUUCUGAAGCAGAAGGGUGUUUAUGAUCCAAAGAAGCUCUUUGGUGUUACGACACUGGAUGUUGUUAGGGCAAACACAUUUGUUGCUCAGAAGAAGAACCUAAAACUGAUUGAUGUUGAUGUCCCUGUUGUUGGAGGACAUGCCGGGAUCACUAUUCUACCUCUGCUCUCAAGGACAAAACCAUCAGUUAACUUUUCUGAUGAAGAAAUUCAAGAGUUAACUGUUAGGAUCCAAAAUGCCGGGACUGAAGUUGUGGAGGCAAAAGCUGGUACUGGUUCUGCUACAUUAUCAAUGGCAUAUGCAGCAGCCAGAUUUGUUGAGUCAUCUCUUCGUGCACUUGACGGAGAUGGGGAUGUAUAUGAGUGCACGUAUGUUCAGUCAGAUCUGACUGAUCUUCCAUUCUUUGCAUCAAGGGUUAAGCUUGGAAGGAAUGGGGUUGAGGCUCUGAUUUCUUCUGACCUCCAAGGGUUGACCGAAUAUGAGCAGAAGGCUCUGGAAGCCCUUAAGCCAGAAUUGAAGGCCAGCAUUGAGAAGGGGAUUGCGUUUACUCAGAAGCAAACUGUUGCCACAUAGAAUUCAAGUAUUUGGAGCCCUUGCCUCGUUAUAAUGUCUACUUAAGAGAUGUGACAAUGUCUGGUUUUUUUGGCGGAUUUAUCAUUGAAUCAGUACUUUCAGUUUUGUAGAAUGAUUUAUUUUUUUCUCUUUUCACUAUCUUGAGGCCCUUCCAGUAAGAAGUUUUAGAGGUGGCUAUAUUGUUGUAGAUUCUAAACAUAUAAUUAAUAAUUUCCUUACUGGGAGCAUGUAGUAGUAAAUUAGUAAUUGACAGUUUUGGAAUAACACAUGGCUGUUACAAUA